GUUCUCUGGGGGAACGGUCCCUAUGCUGUGGGGCUCAGUGGUAUUGCAGAGCUUCACAGUCCCCACGGUGCACAGUUUGCCAUGUCACUCCCAGUGCUAGAGGAGACUUAACUGUGUUUGGCUGGCACUGUGCAGAGGUAGCACCGGUGCAGCGGUACCCUCCCUGCUUGUCAUGUCGGAGGUGUGUGGUGGUCAGAAGCCUGCCUUUGGGAACCAGUAACAGUGGCAUUGCAUCUGUGGGCAGGGUGUAUUGGCUAUUGGUGCUUCCACCAGCAACUGAUGUGUUCCCUUGAGCUGCAGUUAUAAUUUGGGAUAAAAUCCGUUUGUGAGCAGCAGGGAAUAGCUCCUUAUCUGCUUAGCUUGUGAUUUUGUUCAUCAGUUGUUGAUGCUAUUUUUAUACAGAAUGUACUUAGAGGAGGAAGUUGCAAGUGGACUGUUUUCUUCAGGAGAAAAAAGUGCUGUUGCAUGGAUACCUGAAAGUCUAGCAUCAGGGCUUGUAGUGGAAUGUGUGCAAAAUUAAUCAGGCUUUUCCCCCAUCCCAACAGAUUUACAACUCAAACCGUUUAAGUUGCUUUGGUGUUUCUGUAGCAGUGUUUUAGCAGUGGUUUUCAUGCUUGUGAUAAUCAAGCACAUGUUCAUCCUUAUGUCUUCAAAACGCAGAGCAUAAUUAAAUGAUACCUGAGCUGCCAAUAUGCGGUCCUUUUCCUUGUUUAAAAGGGUCGACUUCAGCUCAGCGGAUAUGUGGAUUUAAGUUUAAAAUAACAGCUUGGAAGCUACACUGCUUGAAUGACUCACUGUAGAAGUUCUUGUACAACUUCUGUUUUGCUUUAUUUGGCCUUUGUUCAACUAACUUCAUUUUAGUGGUGCUGUAAACGUUAGUCAGACAUGCUGAUGUGUGAAAUGGGUCCUGGAAGACUUUGUAGAUACCGAGCAAGCUGGUUUCAUAAUUCCCUUUGUGGUGUUGUGUCUUGGAUCCCAGUGACGUCCUCGGAAAGCUUUUGUUCUUUGGACCGAGAAAGAAUAGAUUCUGAGUUAAAAUCAGAGCAGAGCAAAUGAAUUGACAUCCAACAUUGUCACACUAUGUAACUGUUAAUGGGCUGGGAGUGUUAUGCACAUCUUUAACUGGCCUUCUUGGUAACAGAUCUCAGGAGAAGCAUUAGCAUAGUUUCUGAUUCUGAGGAAGAGUAAAGAUGUGUAGUAUCUGGCUUUAAGUACUUGCACAGCUUAGGGUGAUACUGUAGAUUAUGUCUUUGGCCAGCAAAGAGGGAGAUGAGUGGAAGUAACAAUCAAGACAGGUAUUUUAACUCGAUUAUUGCAAUCUUAGCUCACUGCUUAAAUGUUUCAUUUAUAACUGGCAGUUGAAUAUAACGUAGUGGCAAAUAAUUUGUUGUCCCAAACUGAUCUGCUUUUUCUCUGAAUGAUAAUACAUGUGCUAUUAUGACCUCAUCAACUACCGUGAAAGGGUCUGUUUUGUCCAAUGUGGGGAAAAAGGCUCUUGCACUAAGGAUCAUAGAAUCAUGGAAUGACUUGGGUUGGAAGGGACCUCGAGGAUCGUGAAGCUCCAACCCGUGCUGCAUGCAGGGCCACCAAUCUCCACAUGUAAUACUGAAUCAGGCUGCCCCGGGCCCCGUCCAACCCGGCCUUGAACACCUUCAGGGAUGGGGCAUCCACAACCUCUCUGGGCAGGACAGUGAUCAGGGCAUUUGGGCUGCUGUUUUCCAGGACCUUUGCUUCUGAAACCUGCCUAUUUUCCUUUAGGUUCCCUCUCCAGAGCCUAAGGCUGCAUGAGGGCUGGAAUAUAUAUGUAUAUAUUUUCUUUUAACCUAGAUAUAUGCCUGAUGAUUUGAAUAUCAAAAAGGACAUGUCAUCUUUAAGCUCUGCAUUCAACAAAUGUAUAGUGUGGGGAUUCUCAAGCAUGCAGCAUGGCCUGUGGUUCAGCUCCUUUGCUUAUUUAGGAAAUGCAUACUUCUCGGUUAAAAUGCAGUGCCAGCUCAGAAGGCCUGUGCGACCAGGUCUUUAGUCACCAGAAGAACUUCUGCAGCUACAUAUUAGAGCUCAGAUGGCAAGUAAAACUUGUCAGGCCAUCUCAUGUCAUGUGUGGACUUGUCAUUCAGGGUUGAUGAGUAACAUUGUCAGAAAGGUGAUGCAGCAGCCUCUUUUCUGCAUUAGAAUGCACUUGAUUAUUAGGUAUGGUUCCAUAGGCUCCAGAAUCAUCUGCCUGCCAGUUUAUGUUUUGGAUAUGUGGUCAAAUGGUGUCCGGCGUACGAAUUCCUAACCUUGAUCUCUUCAACUCAUAAAGCAGUAAUUUGGUAACUUGCAACAAAGAGCUAAAGGCGGUUCAUUUGCCUCUGAAACGUAACAGAAGCUGAAGCCGUUAAAGAAAUACUUGGCAAAAGAUGAUAAACCACCUUUAAUGCCCAUAAUUGAAAUAUAGACUAUAUAAAGACUUAAAAGAUGUGGGAUCAACCUUGGCAGCAAUGGCCUUUGAACCAACAGCAGUGGAUGCAGUCAUUUCAGCACCAGCAGGAUCCAAGCCAGAUUGACUGGGCUGCCUUAGCUCAAGCAUGGAUUGCUCAGCGGGAAGCCUCAGGGCAACAAAGUGUAGUGGAACAACAAGGAAUGAUGCCAAAUGGACAGGAUAUUUCAGGAAUAGAGUCUGGUUCAAACAAUCAUAAUAAUUUUCAGGGGGAUCCCAACUUCAACAGAAUGUGGCAGCCAGAAUGGGGAAUGCCUCACCAACCCCCUCACCCUCCUCCAGAUCAGCAGUGGAUGGCUCCAACCACAGGUCAAAUGGAAAUUGUUCCUCCAUCUGAAGACAGCAACAGUCAGGACAGUGGGGAGUUUGCAUCUGACAACAGGCAUAUAUUUAACCAGAACAAUCACAACUUUGGGGCACCUCCCGAUAACUUUGCAAUGGGGCCAGUGAACCAGUUUGACUAUCAGCAUGGGGCUGCUUUUGGUCCACCUCAGGGUGGAUUUCAUCCACCUUAUUGGCAGCCAGGACCGCCAGGGCCACCAGGUCCACCAGCACCUUCUGCACCUCCUCAGAAUCGAAGGGAAAGGCCCUCGUUCAGAGACCGACAGCGUUCACCUAUUGCGAUGCCUGUGAAGCAGGAGCCUCCACAGAUUGAUGCUGUGAAGCGUAGAACUCUGCCUGCCUGGAUUCGGGAGGGUCUGGAAAAGAUGGAACGAGAGAAACAGAAAAAAUUGGAAAAGGAGAGGAUGGAGCAGCAACGCUCACAGAUGUCUAAAAAGGAAAAAAAGGAAAACGAUGAGGCUGAAGAAGGGGAUGGCCCACGGUUGCCUCAGAAAAGCAAAUUUGACAGCGAUGAGGAAGAUGAAGAUGCUGAAAACACAGAAGCUGUAAGUGUUGGGAAAAUCAGCAGGAGUCCAUCCCCAGUUCCUCAAGAGGAACAAAGCGAACCAGAGAUGACAGAAGAAGAAAAGGAGUAUCAAAUGAUGAUGCUGACGAAAAUGAUGCUGACAGAGAUUCUGUUAGAUGUCACAAAUGAAGAAAUUUAUUACGUGGCCAAAGAUGUACACCGUAAAGCAACUAAAGCUCCUGCAAAACAGCUGGCACAGUCCAGUGCACUGGCUUCUCUCACUGGACUCGGUGGACUGGGUGGUUAUGGAUCAGGAGACAGUGAAGAUGAGAGGAGUGACAGAGGCUCUGAAUCAUCUGAUACUGAUGAUGAGGAACUGCGACACAGAAUCAGGCAAAAACAGGAAGCGUUUUGGAGAAAAGAGAGAGAACAGCAACUAUUACUAGAAAAACAGCUAGAAGAAGAAAGGCUACAAAUUGAUAAAGUUUCAAAGGAGAUGAAUGAAUAUAUGAACAAAGAACAAAACAGCAUUUCGACAUCACAGGAGGCAAAAGAAAUUGAAGCAGAUAUGGUUCACGACAAGAAAAGAUCUCCAAAUGCAAUUGCGCUCGAUAUAGAACCCAAAAAAGAGGGUAAAGAAAAAGAGAGGACAGGAAGGAGUAGGUCGAGAACCUCGAGUAGCGGUAGCACUAGCAGCAAUAGCAGAAGCAGUAGCAGUAGCAGCACUGUAUCUAGUUCAUCAUAUAGCAGCAGCUCAGGUAGUAGUCGCAGUUCUUCGCGUUCUUCCUCUCCUAAGAGGAAGAAGAGGCACAGUCGCAGCAGAACACCUUCACACAAAGUUAGGCGCAGCAGAAGCAGGAGCUACUCUCACAGGAAUAGGAGAGAGAGGAGUAGGAGCAGGGAAAAAAUAAGGGAAAGGAGAAGAUCCAGUAGAAAUCAGAGUGCUGAGAGAGGGGAGAGGCGGAGAAUUCAGAGCCCUUCUCAAGAGAGGAGCUGGGAUAGACGUAGAAGUAGCAGUUCGAGAGACAGGAGAGUUGGCCGUGCCAGUCGCAGCAGGAGCAGGGAUAGGCGCAAACCCGAAGAGCAGCAUAGAAGCCCUCCUGGAAAUAGGCACAAACACAAAAGUGAUGGUAAAGAGCAAGAGAGGAAGAAAGAGCACGGUGGAACUGUAGACAAAGACAGAAAAAAGAACAGGGAAAGGGAGAGGGAUCAGGAAAAAAGAAAAGAUAAGCCUAAAAAGGAGGAAAAAGAAAGCAAGGCUAGCAAUCACGAUGACAAUAGAUUAAAGAGGAAAAGAGACAGUGAAAGAACUUUCCCUCGCAGCGAGACGAUAUCUGUGAAAAUAAUAAGGCAGGAUUCCAGACCAGACAGCAAAAAAGUUACUACCAAAGAUAGCAGGAAGCAGUCAGGCUCUGAAUCUAGUGCAAGGAGUAGUUCUGAAUCCCCAGGAAGCAGUAAGGAAAAGAAGGCUAAGAAAUCGAAGCAUAUUCGGUCGUGCUCCAUGGAGAAAUCUCAAAGGUCUGGUAAGAAGGCAAGCCGCAAACACAAGUCUAAGUCACGAUCAAGAUCAACAACUCCUCCUCGUCGUAAACGCUGAGGAAUUAAUGGCACCAGUGCUAUGAUGUUUAAAAAUUCCAUGAGUUAUAAAAGGCUUGUCUCAUUAUAGAGGCACAUUGUGGCUAUGUAGGUGAAACCAGAAUCCUUUUUUUAACCUGUAAAUAGGUGUAUUUUUUUCCAAAUGCUGCUCUGAAUUAAAUACCUGAUAGGAUUUCUUUGUAUUACAUUUUUUCAAGAACGGUAGUGCUUAAUAAGACUAUAAAACAUACCAUUCUCUUUCAGCUGUAAUGUUCUUAAAAUUACUAUUGAAUGUACUGUGAUGUCAAUAAAGCUCUUUAGUUCUUUUUUUGUUUACA